GAUGAAAGGUUGGGAAUACUUGAGGGAAGAACACCAUGCGGCGGGCUCGGAACCUGGAAGAAGGGAACCAAGACCGAGUCAGAGCCUCUGCCGGAAGUGCACUAAAAGACCGUUGGAGCCUGACGGGUUACAGAGAGGCUCAGAACCCCAAGGGAAGUACACUAAGCGAGUUAAAACUCUGAAGGGACACAAAGGCAGGCCCCAAGAUACAGUUAGAACCCUGAGGUCUCUUCACUUUCAGGUUCAACGAUCUGUUGGAAAUGAUGCUCCCCUUCUUCUUGUCAAUUCUCAUGGGUCUCCCAUGGGUGGAUACCUCUAUCAACAAUACCAGUGGAUUGGUAUUCGACAACACUACUGGUGGCUUGGACAAUGCCAUUGAGCCUAGAUGGAGUCCUGUGCUUACAUGCCAUAAGUGCUACAUAAGUAACACCUUCUCAUGUCCAAAGCUCUCUGAGUGUCCCUCGAAUCUCAGACGCUGUAUGACAGUCUCCUUUCGUGUGAACAUUCGGCUGCUCUAUGUUCUCAAGGACUGCACCAAGGACUGCACAUUUAUUUAUAGAGAACACGUGCCUCCAGAACUCCCUAGGGUGCUUAAAGAUGUCAAGAACUUCUACUUUGUCAUGUGCUGUUCAAGUAUAACUUGCAAUGUGGGAGGCCCCACUAAUUUAGAGAGGGACUUGUUGGAUGAAACUUCCAUAGAGGAAGAGGUAGUUGCUAGAGCUGAGUGUCUAGGGUGGGUCAACCUCCUCCUGUGUUUUGCCUUAAUCCUCUCCAGCAUCAUACUGACCUGAGAACCCCUCUCUGGGUGUACUCAUCUUCCCACAGUUGAAAGCACCUUUGUACUUUGUUGCUUCCUUGUGAAGCAGAGACAGUGUCAAGAGCACCUUUUGGGCCCAUUCAUCAUUUCUUGUAGGAAAGAAAUAAAGGCAUCGUUUGUCAAAAA